AUGCCUACCGUCAGCGUGGGACGGGAUCGUCUGUAUGCAGCACUAGGAAGAACUUACACUCAGGAAGAGUUUGAAGAAGUAUGCUUCAGCUUCGGCAUCGAGCUGGACGACGUCACAACUGAGAAAGCAAUUAUUAGAAAAGAAAAGCAUUUGGACGCUGAAGUUGAGGAAGAUGAAGAAGUUAUUUACAAGAUCGAAGUUCCCGCGAAUAGAUAUGAUUUACUUUGCCUUGAAGGGCUUGCUCAAGCCCUCCGUGUUUUCAGUAGGGAAGAGGAGAUUCCUACAUAUAAGUUGGCGAACAUUAGUAAGGAGUCAAUGAUUAAAAUGCAUGUAAAACCAGAGACAUCUUCAAUUCGCCCUCAUGUUGUCUGUGCUGUUUUAAGAGGCGUAACCUUCACUGAGGGAAGUUAUAACAGCUUUAUUGAUCUCCAAGACAAGCUUCAUCAAAAUAUCUGCCGGCGAAGAACCCUAGUUGCCAUUGGGACUCAUGACUUGGAUACAUUACAAGCCCCUUUCACAUAUGAGGCUUUGCCACCUUCAAGUAUAAAUUUUGUGCCUCUGAAACAGGUGAAGAACUUUAGAGCUGAUGAGCUCAUUGAAUUUUACAGAUCAGAUUUGAAACUGAAGAAGUUUUUGCACAUAAUAGAGAACUCGCCGGUGUUUCCUGUUUUAUAUGAUCACAACAGAAUUGUUUUGUCUUUACCCCCCAUUAUUAAUGGUGCACAUUCAGCAAUCAAUUUGAAGACAAAGAAUGUUUUCAUAGAAUGUACAGCUACUGAUUUGACAAAGGCCAAGAUUGUUCUGAACACAAUAGUGACAGCAUUUUCAGCAUAUUGUGAAAGAAAGUUUGAGGUUGAACCUGUUGAAGUCAUAUAUUCAGAUGGAAAGUCAUGUGUCUAUCCUGAUUUAUCAAUCUACAACAUGGAUGUUUCCCUAUCAUACGUUAAUGGUACAAUUGGAGUCUCUUUGGAAGCAGAAGAGGUUACUGAUUUGUUGAAUCGGAUGCAAUUGCAUGCUGAGCAGUCUAUAUCAGGCGAUAUCACAGUAUUUGUACCUCCAACCAGAAGCGACAUUCUUCAUCCUUGUGAUGUCAUGGAGGAUGUUGCAAUUGCAUAUGGAUAUAAUAAUAUCCCAAAGCGAAGUCCUGCAUCUUUGAAACCACUAGCCUUGAAUGAGCUCACUGACCAUAUCAAAUUAGAGAUUGCAAUGACUGGGUUUACAGAGGUGUUGACGUUUAUAUUGGGGUCGUGGAGAGAAAAUUUUGCCAUGUUAAAUCGUAAAGAUGAUAAAUCGAAGGCAGUGGUUGUUGGAAAUCCUCGAUCGUCUGAUUUUGAACUUGUCCGAACCAGUUUGAUGCCUGGCGUAUUGAAAACUGUUGGUCACAACAAAGAUCAUCCAAAACCCAUAAAGAUUUUCGAAGUGGGUGAUAUAGCACUAUUGGAUGAGAGGAAAGAUGUUGGUGCGAGAAAUCAACGCCAACUAGCAGCUCUUUUCUGUGGUGCUAGCUCUGGGUUCGAGUUGAUUCAUGGCUUGGUGGACAGAGUUAUGGAAGCGAUUGGUGCUGCUUUUGUUCCUAUCAGUGACCAUACUGGGUACUUCAUACAACCUUCAGAUGAACCUGAGUUUCUUCCGGGUAGGCAAGCAAGCAUCAUCUAUAAAGCGAAGCACAUUGGAACUUUUGGCAUUGUGCACCCUGAGGUGUUAAACAACUUUGACAUUCCUGAUCCGUGCUCGUUUGUAGAACUUGACGUUGAGAGUAAAUUUGUUCGCUUCGCCCAGUACUUAGUUGCAGCCAUGGCCGACUAA